AAAACCGUUUGACUGUCUCGCACUGAGUGACGAAAAAUAUUACGGCCACUGGCACACUGACUCACUCUAACAUGUAAAUUCCGAAUCGCGCGCACGGUUUAUGUGUUCUUCGUGUCGAUCUCAGUCCGUGAAGUGGGAAACAUUUCGGUGCAUGACUUUAAAUUGAUUGGUUCUCGUUUUGAGAUUUCGGUGCUAGCGGUUUUGUGAAUUCAUCGUUUUUUGUUGUUUUUUUUUUUGAUUAUUAUUUUUUUUUUUUCGUUUGCCGCACAUUUACCGUUUAUCAUCGCAAUCACCGCUGCACUACGUUCAUUUUGACGAAAGAGGGAAAAGUGAAGAAGCGGAAUAAUUUCAACAUGGAGAACACCGCAAAAUGUAUGCCAACACCACCAAAACGAGUUGGGCGCGAAUUUGUGCGCCAAUAUUACACCAUUUUGAACAAAUCGCCGGGAAAUUUACAUUGUUUCUACAGCGAAGAGGCGAAAUUUAUUCACGAAGAUGUAAAUCCAGCCGAACGACGAACCAUUGAGGCUGACGGCAAGAGAGCAAUUCGCAACAUUAUGAUCGAACGUUCGCCGAAUUUCAAGCAUACCAGCACCAAAAUCCACACCGUCGAUACGAUUGAAACACUGGACGAUGGUCUUUUGGUUCAGGUGAACGGUGAAAUUUCGUACAACGAACAACCAAUGCGCCCAUUCAGUCAAACCAUCAUUUUAAUUCCGAAAUCACCGUUCCAAUACUUUGUGCAGAAUGACAUUUUCCGUUUUUGUGAUUAUGAAUCAUAUGGUACUGCGAGUUGCAGCAAUUCGGUUACCGGUCAAACGAUGCAAACGGCGCAACCCGAUUGGGGAACGCAAUGCGAAGAAGAAGACAUUGAGCCAUGCGAUGGGCAAAUGGCAAAACAAGCAGAAACACGUGUUGAUUCGGAUCGUGACGAUGGUGAUGCUCACGAAAAUGAGGUUAAGUUGGAUACCAGCGACAGCGGACUUUCAAGCGAUGCUGAAAAGGCAAUUAUGGAUAUUCAAUCACACAAUCUCAAGAGCAUUUUGCAAGAGUCGAGAUCCAUUACGAAGGAAUCGGUUAUGAAGCGUGGACCAACACCACCGGUUCACACGGAAAAUGAACCUGCCGCUGAAGCCGAUGUGAAACCAGUCGAAGACACAAAUCGUACUCAAUUGUUCCGUGAUUCAUGCAUUCUCACCAUUGGCAAUGUCAUCAAUCCGAAUAUUGAGUUUGAUGAUGCAAAAUGCGAUCAAAAUGCAUCAUUGGAAAAUGAAAGAACGCAAGAGAGUGCUGACAAACAUAACGCUUCGAAGAGUGAUGAUAACAGCAGCGGAAAAGUGAAAUAUCGCAAGCGAAAGGACAAACGCAAAGUCAAACAUGAAAUGUCGAAAGAUAAAUUGCUGGAUGAAUCAGUAGAGAAAGUCGAACCAAACCAAUCGUCCGAAAACAAUGUCAUGCCCAAAGAAACUGUUGUACAGAGUGAAAGUUCUACGUCUGAAAAUACCGUCGAAAAAACCUCAAUUGAUGAAUCAUCUGAACUGACUACGAGCCACAGCACAAUGGCACCAUCGGAACAAGAAAUGCCGAAAACAAUUCCUGAAAUGAAAACGUACGCAGAUUUGGCAAAGGCUGGCAAAGCCGAAUGGAUCGAUGAACUUGCCGCUAGACGCGAUUCAACCGAUCGAAACAAAAUUCGACCAAUGCUCGUGCGCCGAAGCAGCCGAACCGAAAGAACAACACCAUCCCAUGAUGCUGGCCAUGGCAGCCGAUCAUCGCCAAAGAACGAUCAGUUGCAAGUGUUCAUCGGAAAUAUUCCACACACGGCUUCAGAGGAUGACAUUCGAAGAAUGUUCUCUCGUUUCGGUCGCUUGUCUCGAGUUCGUCUGCAUUCAAACUCACGAAAGGAAUGGCUUCCACGCUACGCGUUCAUCUCGUUUGAUAAUAUCCAGUCGGUUAAAGAUUGCCUCAUGAAAAAAGCUACAUUUUACUGGCCGGAGAAUGCACAAGAUGGUCAGAAAUUGAAUGUGAACGGUGAUCCAACGGUGGAUAUUUGGGACGAUUCGGGUAAUCAAAGAUCGAGUGAACCAAGAAACCGUAGCCGUGAUUUGAAACAGUUCAGUCGAAAUUUUGUAUUGGAAGGCAACCGAGAGCCGAACAAUAAGCAAUCGCCAGACUCGGACGCAAACAUCAGCGAUUCAGUGAAGAGUGAACGUCGCAAAACGUCAACCAGAGCAUAAAAAUUGUCAACACAACACAUGAUUUUCAUCUCUCUAUCGCACACAAAACCGCUCAAAGUAAAUUUAAGAAUUUAUGAAUUAUUUCUUUAGGAUUAGCAAAUUGAAACGCUUUCCAUACACGUAUACGAUAAACAAAAAAAAAACAUUUUUUUUCUGAACCAAUUUAGAAAUAGCUUCACUUAAUAAGGGGAAAACCAAUGAUAAAAGAAAGCAAUACAAAGAAAAUUUGAUUUAUUGUUAAUAACAAAACGAUUUAUUUCUUUACAAAAUGAAACAAAACACAAAAAAAAAAAAUCAAAACAAAACAAGAAACAAAUGUAUAUGAAAAAUGAUGAAUAAAGAAAAACAAUAUUUUUUGAAUAGAGGUUCAAUCCAAUUAA